UCGCGGCGAAUACUUGGCGCGAUGGAAGUUCGACGCAGACGAGGAAAACCGCAGGAUGACAGGCACAGCAGCGCGCACUCGGCGCAGGACGCCGAUCCAACGACGGAUCAUUCCAAAGUGAUUCAAAGAAACGAGAAGAGUGAACAGGCAGCUUCGUACACUCCAGUAGAAAAUAACAAAGCGAAUCCAGCAACAAACUUUGUGGAGACGCAACGGCUUUUACCGAACGACAGUAAUUCCGCUCGAAUCAGAAUCAGCUUGGAGAUCGAUUUGAUAGCUGCGGUCUUACUCAUUGCGGGUGUUUGUACUCGCCUCUAUCGUCUCGACGAGCCACGAAGUAUAGUCUUCGACGAGUUGCAUUACGGCAAGUACGUCGGAUUGUACAUGAGGAGAACGUUUUUCUUCGAUUCCCAUCCACCUCUGGGGAAGCAACUGGUGUCCGCGGCAGCUUAUCUUGCUGGAUUUGACGGACAGUUCAAGUUCGACAGAAUCGGAAGUCCUUACAGCGAUGCGAUUCCGUUGUAUGCUCUGCGUCUGGUACCAGCGAUAUGCGGCAGUCUCCUGAUCCCAACAGGAUACUAUCUCGUUCUGGAACUGGGCUUGAGACAAUGGGCCGCGGCAAUCGGCGGAAUCCUAUUGUUAUUCGACAAUGCUUUGCUGACACAAUCGAGAUUUAUAUUGAUGGAAAGCAUGUUGAUACAAUUCUCGCUGCUCGGACUGUUGUGCAUCGUUAAGUUUCGGAAAGUUAUGGACCGACCGACGUCCGCGUCCUGGUGGAUAUGGCUGACACUCGGCACCGUGAACUUAACGUGCGCCUUAUGCGUGAAGUACGUCGGAUUUUAUUCCAUGCUUCUCGCGCUCUUCCUAAUCGCUCGCGAUUACUGGUCGUUGCUGCCGAGAAAAACCCUGUCGAGCGCGAUGUUGUGGCUGCAUCUGCUGAUGAGGCUCGUUGUGUUGAUCAGCGUUACGGCCACCGUGUAUCUGAGCAUCUUUUACGUACAUCUGGCGAUACUUUCGAAGGCAGGACCGCACGAUUCGGUGAUGACGAGCGCGUUCCAAGCGAGUCUGGAAGGUGGACUUGCGAGCAUCACGAAGGGACAGCCUCUGGAAGUGACGCACGGCUCGCAGAUCACUCUCCGGCACACGUACGGCAGAGCCUGCUGGCUGCACAGUCACAAUCACAUGUAUCCGCUGCGAUACCCCGACGGCCGAGGUAGUUCUCAUCAACAGCAAGUCACCUGUUACUCGUUUAAGGACGUCAACAACUGGUGGAUCGUCAAAAGGCCGGACAAAAACGAUCUGGUAGUGACGAAGCCCAGCGAGCCCAUCCGACACGGCGACGUGAUUCAACUGGUACACGGGAUCACUAGCAGAGCGUUGAAUUCGCACGACGUCGCGGCUCCGAUGACGCCGCAGAGCCAGGAGGUUUCCUGCUACAUUGACUACAACGUGUCGAUGCCGGCGCAGAAUCUGUGGCGAGUGGAGAUCACGAACAGGGAUCACUCUGGCGACGCGUGGCACGCGAUACAGAGCCAAGUGCGGUUGAUACACGUGCACGCAAACGGCGCGGAGUUUGCGUUGAAGUUCAGCGGCAGGCAACUGCCCGACUGGGGCUUCAAUCAGCACGAGGUCGUGGCGGAUCGGUUGGUUGACCAGACCAAUUCCAUCUGGAAUGUCGAGGAGCAUCGAUACACCAAGAGUGAGGAUCAGAAGCAACGAGAACGGGAGCUGAUUAGCGCGGAGAUGAUACCGCUGCAGGCGACCGCGUUGAGCUUUUGGGAGAAGUUUGCGGAACUGCAAGUCAAAAUGUUGUUCGGCGGCCAGGAAAGUCAAAACAGCCACAUGUAUUCCAGCGGACCUCUCGAGUGGCCGCUGAUGUCUCGAGGAAUCGCGUACUGGGUGUCCAACAACAGCAAUGCGCAAGUACAUCUUUUAGGAAACAUCGUGAUUUGGUAUUCCGGCACUGUUUCAAUAAUCGUGUAUUCGGCGCUGCUGAUAUUUUACUUGAUGAGAAGAAGAAGAAAGUGCAUCGAUAUUACCGAGGAAGAAUGGCAGAAAUUUGUCAACAACGCUUACGUGUUGUUAGCGGGAUAUUUUCUUCAUUUCUUGCCCUUCUUGUUCGUCGAACGCACUUUAUUUCUGCAUCAUUAUUUGCCAGCUUUUAUUUUCAAAGUCCUAUUGACGGCCGCUACGAUUGAUCAUCUGUAUUAUUUAAUUAGCGCUCAUCGUCCAUUAAACAUUUCAUCGUACAUUCUCACAUGUGGUGUCAUCAUUUGGAUGCUGUUUGUCUGUUAUGUGUUCAAGAAGUUCAUUGUACUUAGUUACGGGACGUCGGCUCUAAGCGCUAAGGAUGUGAUAAAAUUGAGAUGGAGAGACACCUGGGAUUUUAUUGUACAUAAAACGUAAGAAUUAUUCAAUGAAGACUUAAUUCUUAGAAGUUAAAGACAUAAGAUACAUUUUUAAACGACGUAUGAGACUAAAUGAAAUAAAUUAUAAAAACCACUUAUUUAUAAAAAAACGUAUUUAUAAAAAAAACAAACGUUAUGCUUACAAAAAGUUUGUUUUUUUUUAUUUUUUUUAUUUUUUUUUUAUAGAGAUUUAAUGAAUGUUAUAAUGCUCAUAUUAAUACGUACAAUGUGUGUAUAUGUGUAAUGAAAUAUUUUUUAUAUAUUCGUUUUUAAUAGAGAACAAAAGUGUGUGCCACAAUAUAUGGAACAAAUAACAAAAGCGUGUUCUUUUUUAUGUAUUUUACCAAUGUAGAAAAGAAUAGAAACUUUAUAUAGACUGAAUUCUAUUUUGUAAAGCGUGUUUAGACGCCGUAUUUGUCAAAAACAUCACAAAACCAUGUAGAAAAAAAUAUUAAAAAUAUGAUAUAUCUAUUAUAAAUCUCUCGUUUUAAAACUCUCGCUUAUACUAGAUUUUGUUGAAACAAUGGGAUACGGAACAGUAUUAUAACUUUCUUUAAGUAAAUUUGUUUUUUACAUGGAUUUUCGUAGGAACUGAUCAUGAUGUGUAAAAAUCAAAUCACACAAAAAUAUACGUACAUGUGCAUGAAGAUUUAAU